ACUCCUUCUUCAAAAUUGGUAUUAGUUAUGUAUGUGAGGCUAUGUUGUCGUUCUCUCCUACCCCUUCAACCCCGCAGGGUACCGCUGACAAAGCGCCGAGGCGGACGUCCAUCUGCAUAGGGGCUUGACCAGGGCGACUAAUCACCUCACUGCUGCCGUCCAACCACACCAAGCAUCUUAUCUCCGCUCAUUAUUCCUGUUUACAUCCUAUAUAUCGGUCUUUGAACAGGACUUUCUAAUCGCGUCGUUUCGAUGCCGUUCCUAUUAACACCUAGCUUUGGGGUAUGCGGCUGUGAGACGCUAAGCAAGCACUUCCAGUCGUGGGGUUUUAUCAUUGGGCUCUCGCCCGUAAAGAGCGAUGUGGGAUAUUCAAGAUGUUAGAACGUAGCGCUUUAGUUUUUGCUAGAGAUCUACUUAAGAGUGUCCAACUCCCUCGAUCUGAAUUUUAUCAUCAACAUCCUCAAACUCGUUCCUACCAGACAACACCACUUCGCUCAACCUUGACAAGUCGAAAUCCGAAGACAACAAACACUCGAGUGAUACAAACAAAUUCUCCACAAAACCUCAUCACCAAAUCUUCAAACUCCAAAAUGGGAAUAACAGGACCUCUCGCAGAGAUGCUGUCUCGCAACAACAAAAAUGCAGAGACUUAUCAAGCACCACCACCACUCUUGAAGAUGGUGGAGCAGAUGAAAGCUACCAAGCAAGGUGUUGUGGUUUUGUCUUGCUCAGAUCCUCGCUUGAAUCCGUACCAAGUCCUGGGUCUCGAUGCAACACUCAAAGCAACAAUGGUCCGAAAUGCCGGAGGAAGAGUACUCGAUGCAAUUCGAACGUUGGCUGUUCUCCAAACGAUCGGAAAUCCAGGAACAAUCGUGGUCAUGCAUCACACUGAUUGCGGAAUGACCCACUUCCACGACUCCGCCAUCAAGCAAGCGCUCACUGAGAUCGCACCAGGAGAGAAGCAGAGCAUCGAAAGCUCGAAGUUUGGGGAAAUCACUGGCUCGUAUGUUUCCGUCUCCUUUAAAAGUGGCCAAUUCAAUAUUUUAUUGAUGAGAUGACACAGAAUUGAGGAAAGCGUGCUUGAAGAUCUCGCACUACUCAGAGCUUCCCCGCUGAUCAAGAAGGAUACGCAAAUUGUGGGCCUAAAGUAUGACAUCUUUACGGGUAUUUUGACGCAGGUGCAUGAGAGUAGGGGUGAGUUGUAAGAAUAAUUGGCAGAGCGAAUGAGGAGAGUGUAUUUCUAGAGUUGGUUGGAAAUAAAUAUUGAACGGUUAUUUGGUCUGCCAUCUUUCUCGGGAAAGUCGAAUGGGAGAUCCGAGAGAACAACCACGGCCUGCUUCCGCAUCUGAUAUUGGGUUCCUCGUCACAACACGGUACAAAAUGUACUUCAAAUUGCAUUGAAACACGAAUACACAUGUUACUUUUUCUAUCUGCAACA